AUGGACACCACCGAGUCUACUUCCAAUAUUGGUCGCAUCACCAAUCGCCUCGCACUCUACCAGCAACAAAUCUCCCCGUCCCCACAUCCCCAAUCCAAAUCUACCUCCACCUCCACCUCCAACACUACCAAACAACCAACAAUGGCAGCGCGCGAUCCUAUCACUUGCCAUUGCCUCAACACAUUGUCAGGAACACCAGCAGCAAACCUGCCAGUAACCCUGACCCUCCUCGACCCCUCCACCACCGCCAACCCCGCCACCUUCCGCGCAACAACAAACGCCGACGGCCGCGUGGCUAACUGGACGCCUGUCGGAACAACAUCGCAGUCCGUCCCCGCUGUGCUCGCUGCCCUGCCCGCCGCCGAUAGCAAGACCAACUGGUCUGUACGCUUUGAUGUCGGCCCUUGGUAUGAGGCUCAGGGCGUGGAGAGUUUCUGGCCCGAGGUUGAGGUCAAGUUUACGGUGAAGGGUCGUGGGCGUGAGGGUGAGGAGGGCUGGAAGCAUUAUCAUGUUCCUGUUCUGCUGGGUCCUUGGAAUUACUCUACUUAUCGGGGCUCGUGA